AGACCUCUGAUUGGUCGACUUAUAUGUCGUGUGAUUAUUGUCUUUUUUCGUUUAUUGCAUUUGACGUACUGCUGACUUGAAUAUUAAAGAUUGUUGUUUUAUUUGAGUGUUUAAUAAAUGAAAUUAUAUUUAAUAAAAUGACUGAUCCAGGGGGAUGGCCGUCCACUCAGGAAACUGAUUUUUCUUUUCAAGGAAAUGAUAAUUUUAAUUUAAACGAAGUUGCUGGUAUAGACGAUAUCCUUACAAAUUGUGAAAAGGAAUUAUUAAAACAUGAAUCUCUCUUCAGUGAUGAAACAUUACUUUCUGAAUUGGAAGAACCUAUGCAAAUAGAUGGAGACAUAUUUGACUUUUUAAAUCUAAGUAGUAGCGAUGAGUUUAAGGAUUUCAAAGAUACCAAUAUAUUGGAACCUCUAAAUACUGGAAAUGUUUUGUCAUCACCUGAAACAAUAGUUAACAAGCAACAAACUCCACCUGUUCAAGAUGUACCACCUGUACAACCUAGAACUCGUAAAAUAUCUGUAGUACCUCCUCCUACAGUAUUCAGUUCACAAUAUACUAUACCACAAAAUAUGAAUAUAAAUGUUCAAUCUCCGGUUGUUACAUUGGCACCUGUUACACAACAGAGACAAUUAUUUUUACCUGCAAAAUUAUUAAAGACAGAGUCAGUCGUUUAUUCCAAUGGAUCACAAACUAUUACAUCUAAUCCUGUAUCACAUCAAAUACAUACAUUAGUGAAUACUGCAAAUGGAACAGUAUUAACUACUGGAAUUCCUGUAGUUUUGGAUGCCGAUAAAGUUCAAAUAAAUCGUUUAAAUACAAACACUCACGUAGGUGUACCAAGAGUCAGAGAAGUAAAACGUAGUGCUCAUAAUGCUAUCGAACGACGUUACAGAACAUCUAUCAAUGAUAAGAUUAUUGAAUUGAAAAAUAUUAUUGCUGGAUGUGAUGCCAAAUUGAAUAAAUCAGCUAUAUUGAGAAAAACUAUUGAUUACAUAAGAUUUCUACAAAAUUCUAAUGCCAAAUUGAAAGCAGAAAAUAUGUCAUUAAAAUUAGCAACGCAAAGACCAAACAUACGUGAUUUAUUGGCAUGUGGUGAAUUAACACCACCACGUUCAGACUCCAGUGAACCUUCUUUAUCUCCAGCUCCAGCACCAUUAUCUCCAGCCUCACCUUCGUCUGUAAAAGAAGAACCAGAUGUAUUACAAAAUCUUCAUACAACAUCGAAACAAGAAACUGGAGGAAUGAGAGAUCACACUCGAUUGACAUUAUGUGGUAUUAUGUUUAUGUUUUUGAUAUUUAAUCCAUUAGGAGCUGUUAUGAACAAUGUUGAAAAGUUUAAUUACAAGUAUUUGAAUACGAAAUUGGACGGACGAACUAUUCUUGAUUUUCAUGAAUCGUCUGAAAUAGAUAGCAGAAUAUGGAGUAAUAUUUUUAUAUGGUUUACAAAUAUGAUACUUUUGAUUGGUGGAUUAUGCAGAUUAUUAAUGUACGACGAUCCUAUUCUCCCGACUGAUAGUAAAAUAUUCUUGGAACUUCGACGUUGGAGACGUCAGGCAGAAUUUAAUAUAUCAAAACAAGAAUACAGUCAAGCGUACAGAGAUUUACAUCAAUGUUUAAAAUAUUUUAAUCGUUCGUUUCCAUUAUCACGUACCGAAGUUUUUCUUGCCACUACGUGGCAAGUGAUACGACAAAUACUUUAUAAACUGUGGCUUGGAAAAUGGAUUCUUCAUUUAAAUAAAUAUUUUAUUGGAAAGACGGAAAGACAACAAGCAAAAUUGUCUGCCAUGGAGAUAGCCAUUGUUUAUCAACAUAUGUUAUGUUUACAUUUAUCAGAAAAAUCCAAAAAUAGUACACUUUAUCUUGCUCUUUCUGCUAUGAAUUAUGCAGAAGCUGCGGAUGAAAAUAUGCCAAAGGCACUCUUGGCAGAGAUAUAUGUUAAUUCGGCAUUAUGUUUUAAAAAGUAUUUAUUUCCAUUUAUUCAUAAAUAUUAUUUGGGUAAAGCACGAAUGUUAUUGUCUUCGUGUGCCGUACCACCAAAAUUAAAAUGGAUCAUGAACGACGAAGGUGCAAGAUUUGUAGCUACACAAAAAUGGCAAUACGGAGAACAAUCGGAUAGCGAAUUUACAUCGCAAAAUAGUAAAGCCGAUCCUUUAUCAUUCGCAGCACGUGCAUAUAGAGAACAUUUGAUUACACAAUGUUUACGCCUAUUGACUGGCAUUGCUGGAGAUUCUCAUGCUUCUACCAUAUUAGAAUUGGCACGAAAUAUAAUAGCUUCUGCGGAAGUAGAAGCUUGUUUUCCAAGUACGGAUAAAAUCAGUGUAGCAGGUUGCGAAGAUGAGGUUGGCCUUUGGUGGGGAGCAGUUAUUUGUGCUGCUGCAGCAUGGAGAUUAGGAGAUGAAGAUGAAAACGUUUGGAAUAUUGUAGAAACGAAAUUUCCUUAUGAAAGAAAUUUUCAACUCUGUAAUAAUAGUAAUUGCAGUCCAUUGCCAUAUGCUGUUCUUAAUGUUUUGCAAGCAGCUAAACAUUCUUCUAAAAUAGUAUCAAUGCGUCUGAUGGAUCAAGGAGGAAUAUUCUUGGAGCAAUCCAUAGUCUAUUAUCAUUGUAAACAACAAUCGUCUCAAAAUGUUAUGCUUACACAAUUAUGGCUUUGUGAUUGGUUAUUAGAGAUACGUACUGUUUUAUGGCAAGAAUUUGAUAGUGGAUUAGAAAAAACAGUUAGUAAUGUAUCUCUUGCCAGUUUCCAAAGAGAUUUAGCUUGUUUAAGACAGUUGUGUCAACAUAUGUCAUGCAUAUUACCAAGAGUAUUCCUAUACGAAGCUACAGCACGUAUUAUGGCAGGAGCAGCACCAGUAAAAACUCAGAUUUUACUGGAUCGUAGUUUACAUCAUAGAAAUUCACGUUCUUCUAUUAUUUGCGGUAAAGAUAGAUCCCAAGAACAGAAUAAUGGUGAAAGAGAACACGCAUUUGCAUUAUGUUUAGCAUGUCGACACUUACCAGCUUUAUUAUUGUCUUCACCUGGUGAACGUGCUGGUAUGCUUGCAGAAGCUGCCAAAACUCUUGAAAGAAUUGGCGAUAGAAAACGACUUCAGGAAUGUUACAAAUUAAUGCAUCAACUUGGCCCAGCUAUUUCUGUUAAUUAAUUUGUAAAUAUAUCGAGUAUAAUUUAUGAGCUUUUAGAAUUAUAAAAGUUAAACUUUAAUAAUUUAAGUGUAUUGUACAUAAUUGUUUUUUUUUUUUGUUUUAAAUAUAGACAUAUAUAUAUAUAUAUA